AAUCAAUACCAAGUAUACCGGGAAUGUGAACGACUCGAGGUUUCCACUAUAUAGUAGAUCACGAUUUCACUGGUUUGUCGUUUAUCUAGGCUGCGAAACAAAUGAUUUAAAAGUGCCUCAAUUUAACCGGAGAAUUCCUUUUGUUGUGUUACGUUACUAAGGAACUGAGUCAUCCUCGACAAGACUCUGUGGACCGCCUCGCUCCGACAGGACUUUAUUCCUGGAGACUGGGGUUUCAGAUUGCUCGAGUCGUCGCCUGACUGGUACUAAGCUGACAUUUAAUGAGCGCAAUAUCAACUGGGGAAGGAGAGGGAGGCUGUGUUAUUGUACAGCAGACGGCGAGUAUUAGGAGCGCCAAGUGCUUGAUUGUAUGGUAGAGAGCGGGGUCCGGAGUGAUGGCUAUAGAAUGAACUUGGCACCAGGUAUUGCAGAGUUCUGGUGGCUAACGGACGAUUCCGAUCUACUCAAGGGUCGUCUGCUGUUCAGAUAUUUCCCGCUGCGCUAAGCUACAAAGGGGAUACAGUGGAUGUCGAAUAAUUAUGAAGUUCCGUUUCUUCUUUUUUCCUCCACUCAUUAUAGCUGUUUAAUCAACGGACUAUGAAAUGGAACUUUAUGGCUUUUUUCGUUAAUUGUGUGGCUAAAACCCCUUGAUUUUACUCUGGAGAGAAGUUCCCAUCUUGUUAGCAGUAUGAUCACUCCGUUGUUACUCCUGUCGUGACGUGGGCAUCCGAAAUUCAAUUGAUUUGGAUAACAUUUCCAUUUUGUGCAAAAACAGAUUGGUUUUAAAUUGGAAUGAUGAAUUUGACGGGGAGUAACUAUUCGAACACGACUAUCAGCUCUGGGUCAGAAAGAGUACUUCCGCCAGGAUACAGCACAGUACAUUUGAUACUGACCGUUACCAUAGUGACCAUCAUCAUCCUCAUUAUUGUAGGUGGAAAUCUCCUAGUUGUGGUGGCCAUUUAUACGGAUAAAAAUUUGAAAUCAAAACAGAACUGGUUCAUAGCGUCGCUCGCUGUUGCGGAUUGUCUGCUAGGUCUGAUAAUCAUGCCGUUUAGUCUGACUAAUGAAGUGAUGGGGUACUGGUAUUUCGGCUCUGUCUGGUGUGAUUUAUGGAAGGCCAUUGAUGUACUCCUGUGCACUGCUUCCAUCCUCAGCAUUUGCCUUAUUAGUUUGGAUAGAUAUUGGUGUAUUACCAAAGCCUUGACGUAUCCAAGACAACGAACUGCGACCCGUGCGGCGCUGAUGAUCGCCGCAGUCUGGAUUCUGUCCCUAAUUGUUUGUGUACCUCCACUGAUAGGGUGGAAAAAUCCUCUUCCGGUUAAUGACUAUCCGCUAUGUUUACUCAGCAGUGAACUUGGAUAUAUCAUAAGUUCAUGCAUGGGAUCAUUCUAUAUACCCGGGGUUAUCAUGGUGAUUGUGUAUUAUAAAAUUUAUAAAGCGGCGACAGAACGAGCAAGGAAACAAAGAGGGAACAAUAAUAAAAAGGCAAAGAAAAAGGACAGGACCGAUAAAGAAUUAUACGGUCUACUGAAAAAUACAGACACAAAGGAGAAACAGGAAACAGUCACAAACAUGCCUACAAAGGUCAACAGUAUGACCUUGACGGAUGAUGAAAGUACAUGGCCGAUAUAUCAGAAACAGGGGGUCAACAGGGAGGAUUCGGGUCAGGAGCCGGAAACGGGUAAUGGAACAAUUGAUGAGCAAGACAUAGAUUUAGAUGAAGCGAACGAGAAAGAAUCUACAAAAUCUGAUACCACAGGAACAACCAACUUAACGCCAAAUCAAGAGGAAAUCAAACACGCGGAGGUUUACGACGCCGUCAAAGACCUAGAGAGACAUAAACGCAAACUCGCAAAAGCGCGGGAAAGGCGCGCCACCAUUGUUUUAGGAAUAGUGAUGGCGGCUUUUAUCGUCUGCUGGGCACCUUUUUUCACGUUGUAUAUAAUCAUGGCUUUGUGUAAUUGUAUCCCUGACAUAGUGUUUGAUGUCUGCUUUUGGGCCGGUUACUGUAACUCGGCCCUGAAUCCAAUAAUCUAUACUGUGUUCAAUCGAGAUUUCAGACAUGCUUUUAAAAGAAUCCUUUGUAUUGGUCAAGCUCACCGUUGAAUGAAAAUGAUGUUGUAAAGGGUGGUGUAAUUAUGACAUUAAUGAUUUGGAUACCAAAUGAAAAAACAAAUAUUGUUAUUCUACUUCAAAUCGUACUCAUUAUCACAUUGUAAAUAUUAAUGCUAUUUGGACGAGCGUUCGUUAGUCUUAUUUGCUCAUUUCCCCUAUAAUUCAAAUCCAAGAAAUCUAUAGUUGGAAAGAUUGAUAAAAUCAAAGUCAGUUAACAUGCAAGGCCCUAAAAUAGAUGGAACAUAAAAGCAUUAAAGUAUGAUAUUUAAGCCUUCGAUAGUAUCCGUCAACAGUUCUAGAAAUCUUUUUUUUCGUCGCUUUCAUACCUUUUGUGACUUUUCUCACGUUAUUUGAUAAAGUUGCAUAUGUUUUGUUUGCAUUGAUAUUAAAUUGCGUAAUGACUAUCAAGAGGUUUCAAAUUUUAUGAUUCGUGGCUCUGAAAUAUUGGUAAUUUAAUUCGUUACCAUGCACCAAGACCAUGAAGACGCCACAAUUUAAGGUUGCCAGCUUUAGUUUUCAUCGGGCAUAUUUUUGCGCAACCUAGUAAAAUUAUUUUUUAUCGAGUUAGGAGUUUUGCUGCUGAUGUUUUUAAUCAAAACCCCCAAAUCAACAAUUUUGAAAUCUCGUUUUAAAUCUAAAGAAGAACAAAAACCAAGUGUUACCAAAAUGGUUGACUACUUUUACAGACACUAACGAGUAUUUAUUGUCGUUUAAGGCGUGAUAAUUACGCCAACCUCCUAGAAAGCAGGAAAUGACAAAAAAAUCAUCCGCCGUAUCUCUUCGGUUUAAUGUAAUUUAACGGAAAGUCGACAGGAAGGAGAACGAGGAGACAGAUGUAAUCAUACUCUUAUUAUCUAUGAUUUAUAGAUAUUUAAACUCACUUUUAUUGAAAUUUUCAAUUCGUUAUUUCUCUUAUAUCAACGGGUGCCAUACUGUUGGUUCUACAGUUCUUGUCGUCAAAACAGUCUUGUUAUAAUUCCUUUAUUUAUUACCCCCCCCCCUUCCCCGUAUCUUUCUCUUUCCCGUUUCAACCAAAAAAGGCACAUAAAAUAUGGAAAAAAUAUCAUUAUGUCGGCUCUACUGAAAACUAUUGUAGCAGAUUAUUCUGUGACAGCGGGAACUAUUAACACUGUUAAUCAGGUCAGUGAUUGUGAAUUACAACGUACCGAUAGCAAUGUCUGCAACACAGGACGAUGUGUCUGAAUGUCAAAGUAUAGCGUGUACCUUAAAUAAAAUUAUUUCAAGCACGGGCGAUAAAUUCUGGGCAUUUUUUUCCUGUUUUAAGUGAAAUAUUACACCGGCAGAGAAUCAUUCAGAUUGCAUGGAAGACCAACGAGUAAAUAUGUCUCAAAGCAAAGAUGUAUACGCCCAAAGGACAAUGGACUCACUGAGAAAAAUUAUGGUAAUUUCUUGGAAAUUGUCCUGCGUAUUCUCUGAAGCAGUGGCCGUUUUUCAAACAAAAGCAAAGCCUUGUAGUUGAUGACAAAUAUUUUUCCAUUGACUUCAGGGGAUGACAGAUUACUAGUAUUUCAUGCCAGUUUGUCUUCGAAUAGAAUGGUUAUAAUAAGCCAGAUAUCUUGUAUACACACAUUGAUUAAAGAUAUUGCAAUAAAUAAAGCAAAAAUGAAUUAA